AAAAAAUUGUAGCGCCCAAAAUUUGUCAAUUUUAUUUACACAAUAAAUUUAAUAUAAUAAUAAAAUUAUUUUGUCAUAAAUGCAUGAGAUAAUUUAAAUAAAAUGCAUAUAAAACAGAUAAUUAUACAAGGUUUUAAAUCUUACAAGGACCAAACAGUUGUUGAACCAUUCGAUAAAAGGCACAAUGUGGUUGUGGGCCGAAAUGGGUCAGGAAAAAGCAAUUUUUUCUAUGCCAUUCAAUUCGUUUUGAGUGAUGAAUUUACACAUUUACGCCCAGAGCAAAGGCAAUCUCUAUUGCAUGAAGGUACUGGAGCUAGGGUAAUUUCAGCUUACGUAGAAAUUAUUUUUGAUAAUUCCGAUAAUCGUGUCCCAAUUGACAAAGAUGAAAUAUUUCUACGAAGAGUAAUUGGUGCCAAAAAAGAUCAAUAUUUUUUAAACAAGAAAGUAGUUCCAAGAACUGAAGUUGUUAAUUUACUUGAGUCUGCGGGAUUUUCCAAUUCAAAUCCAUAUUAUAUUGUGAAACAAGGCAAAAUUAAUCAAAUGGCAACGGCACCUGAUUCUUAUCGUUUAAAACUUUUGCGAGAAGUUGCAGGCACUAGGGUUUACGAUGAAAGAAAGGAGGAAUCAUUAAAUAUAUUAAAAGAUACUGAGAGUAAAGUUGAAAAGAUUACAGAAUUUUUGAAAACCAUUGAAGAGCGAUUGCAGACCUUAGAAGAGGAAAAAGAAGAACUUAAAGAAUAUCAAAAAUGGGAUAAAGCACGACGGUCUUUGGAAUAUAUAAUUCAUGAUAUGGAAAUGAAAGAAAACAAAAGAGCUUUAGAGGAUUUGGAGCGGCAAAGAAAAUCUUCUGGAGAUAAGCAGAAAGAACUACAAAUGGAAAUACAAAAUGCUCAAGAUAAAGUUAAACAGAUACAAAAAAGUUUAAAAGAUGCUAAAAAGGAUGUUGCCACUACAAAGGAGGAACGAUCUGUCCUAUUAGCCGAACAGCAACAACUACUUCGCGAAAAGACGAAAUUGGACUUGACUAUUACCGAUUUAACUGAUGAAGUACAAGGAGAUAAUAAAUCUAAGGAACGAGCUGAUCAAGAACUGAAACGUCUUAAGGUAACUAUAGCCGAAAAAGAAAAAGAAUUAGAAGAAGUUAAACCAAAAUAUGAAGCAAUGAAGAAGAAAGAAGAAGAGUGUUCACGAGAGUUAUCGUUGAAAGAACAAAAACGUAAGGAAUUAUAUGCUAAACAAGGAAGGGGUUCACAGUUCUCUUCAAGAGAGGAGAGAGAUAAAUGGAUUCAAAAUGAAUUAAAAUCUCUAAAUAAGCAAAUAAAAGAUAAAAUUAAUCAUCAAAACAAAUUAUUAGAUGAUUUAAAAAAGGAUGCUAACAUGGAAAAAGAAUUAACUAGGAAAAUUGAAGAACAAUCAUCGGAAUUAGAACAUCUAAGAUUACAAAUUGAUGAACACAACAAACAAUACUACGAACUAAAAAAGAAGAAAGAUACUCAUCAAGCUGUGCGAAAUGAACUUUGGAGAAAGGAAACUCAAAUGACACAACAACUGCAGGCACACAAAGAAGAGCUGGCAAAAGCUGAUCAAUCUUUACGUUCUAUGGCUGGAAAGCCGAUUUUAAAUGGUCGAGAUUCCGUUAGAAAAGUACUGGAUAGUUUUCUAGACCGCGGCGGUGAAUAUGCAAAAAUAGCCAAAUCUUAUUAUGGUCCAGUCAUAGAAAAUUUCAACUGCGACAAAACUAUUUAUACAGCAGUCGAAGUGACUGCAGGAAAUCGUUUAUUUCAUCACAUAAUAGAUACUGAUCGAGUGGGAACACAAAUUUUAAAAGAAAUGAACAAACAAAAACUGCCAGGUGAAGUAACUUUUAUGCCCCUAAAUCGCUUACAAGUGAAAAUUCAUGACUAUCCUGAUGAUCCGGAUUCAAUUCCUAUGAUUUCAAAAUUAAAAUAUGAGGAACAGUAUGAUAAAGCUCUAAGAUAUAUCUUUGGCAAAACAUUAAUUUGUCGUAACUUAGAACGUGCUACUGAAUUAGCAAAAUCGACGGGAUUGGAUUGUGUGACAUUAGAAGGUGAUCAAGUGUCUUCUAAAGGUUGCUUGACAGGUGGAUAUUUUAAUACUUCAAGAUCCAGACUUGAAAUGCAGAAGAAGCGAAGUGAGUACAAUGAUUUAAUAAAAGACUUUGAAGAAGAAUUAGCCACAUUGAGGAAUGAAUUAAAACAAACUGAAACCGAAAUCAACAAAGUAGUUUCUGAAAUGCAAAAAACAGAAACAAAACAAGGGAAAUCGAAAGACAUAUUUGAAAAAGUCACAGCGGAUAUUCGUUUAAUGAAAGAAGAACUUUCUAGAAUUGAGAAAUAUAGAGCUCCCAAAGAACGUUCAGCUGCACAAUGUAAGGCGAAUUUGGAAGCGAUGUCUAGUACAAAAGAAGGUUUAGAAGCAGAAUUACAUCAAGAAUUAAUGUCAACUCUAUCAGCACAAGAUCAGCGUGAAGUAGAUCAACUUAAUGAUGACAUAAGACGAUUAAACCAAGAAAACAAAGAAGCGUUUUCAGCACGUAUGCGUCUAGAAGUAGUCAAAAAUAAAUUGGAUAAUUUGCUGACCAAUAACCUGUUUAGGCGUCGUGAUGAGCUUAUUCAAGCUCUUCAAGAAAUAUCUGUUGAAGAUAGAAAAAGAAAAUUACAAAACUGCCGAAAUGAAUUAGCAGCUACUGAAAAAAGAAUUAAAAAGGUAAAUCAAGAUUUGGAAGAGAUGGAUAAAAAAGUUCAAAAUGCAGUUAAAAUGCAAAUAUCUUUACAAAAAGAACUCGAGCAAUGGAUUCAAAAAGAAAAAGAUUGUCAGGAAAAAAUGUCCGAAGAUGCAAAGAAGGCAGAAAAGUGGGCAGCAAAAGAAAACCUAUAUCAUCAAAAAAUUGACGAAUGUAUGGAAAAAAUCCAAAGUUUAGGGGCCUUGCCGCAAGUUGACCCAGCUUACACAAAAAUGUCUUUAAAAAGGCUUUUUACUGAGUUAGAAAAAGCAAAUCAGCAUUUGAAAAAAUAUAACCAUGUUAAUAAAAAAGCUUUAGACCAGUUUUUAAGUUUUUCUGAACAAAAAGAGAAAUUGUAUAAAAGAAAGGAAGAAUUGGACAUCGGGGAUCAAAAGAUACGAGAAUUAAUGCAAAAUUUAGAAACUCGUAAAGUUGAAGCUAUACAAUUUACAUUUAAGCAAGUAGCACAAAAUUUUACUAAGGUUUUCAAAAAACUUGUUCCACAAGGUGCUGGUUAUUUAAUAUUAAAAACAAAAGAAAGCAAUGAUGAUGAUGUUAAUAAUGUUGAAGUUGCUAAUUCAGAUGCAUUUACUGGUAUUGGAAUUCGUGUUUCAUUUACUGGAGAUCAAGCUGAAAUGAGGGAAAUGAAUCAAUUAUCCGGAGGACAAAAAUCUUUAGUUGCAUUAACAUUAAUUUUUGCUAUACAAAAAUGUGAUCCAGCUCCUUUUUAUUUAUUUGAUGAAAUAGAUCAGGCUUUAGAUGCACAACAUAGGAAAGCUGUAGCUGAUAUGAUACAUGAACUAAGUGAUAAUGCUCAAUUUAUCACAACUACAUUUAGACCAGAAUUAUUAGAACAUGCACAUAAAUUUUAUGGGGUACGUUUUCGUAAUAAAGUGAGCCACAUUGAUUGUGUCACAAAAGAACAAGCUAAAGAUUUUGUUGAAGAUGAUAAUACACACGGUUAAAUUAAUAAAAUUUGAUAAAAACAUUUUUAGAAUUAUAAUUAAGAAAAACUGUUUGAAUAAAUUUUAGUAAUUAUUGAUUAAUUUUAAGAUAAAUAUAACAAAAAAGUAAAAAAAAAAGAGGAUUUCAGACAAUGGUUUUUAUAUAAAAUAGCAUGAAACAGAAAAAUUUCUAUGUGUUUUCAUAUCAGAACAUUUUCAU